GGGCCCCCGGCCUCAGUUUCCCCUCGCCGCCCCCUGCCAAGGUUAAAUGGGAGCCACCCCGGCAAGUCGGAUGCCCAUCUAGCCGCCUCGUCACAUUAGGAGAUUGCAAUGAGUGGGGGAGGAGAGCAGCCAGAUCUCCUCAGUGUUGGAAUCCUGGUAAAAGAAAGAUGGAAAGUGUUGAGGAAGAUAGGAGGUGGGGGCUUUGGCGAAAUUUACGACGCCCUGGACUUGCUCACCCGGGAAAACGUUGCUCUGAAAGUCGAGUCGGCUCAACAGCCAAAACAAGUCCUGAAAAUGGAAGUUGCCGUGUUGAAGAAACUGCAAGGAAAAGAUCACGUUUGCAGAUUCAUCGGCUGUGGGAGGAAUGAUCGAUUCAACUAUGUGGUCAUGCAGUUACAGGGUCGGAAUCUGGCAGAUUUACGGCGGAGCCAAGCCCGAGGAACUUUCACCCUCAGCACUGCCCUGCGGCUCGGCAGGCAAAUCCUGGAGGCCGUCGAAAGCAUUCACUCCGUAGGAUUCUUGCACCGAGACAUCAAACCGUCCAACUUCGCCAUGGGACGUUUCCCUAGUACGUGUAGGAAAUGCUACAUGCUAGAUUUUGGCUUGGCGCGGCAGUUUACCAAUUCCUGUGGUGAUGUCCGACCGCCUCGGGCCGUGGCAGGAUUUCGAGGGACAGUGCGAUACGCCUCAGUUAAUGCUCAUCGGAACAGGGAAAUGGGAAGGCAUGACGAUCUCUGGUCCUUGUUCUACAUGCUGGUGGAAUUUGUGGUUGGACAGCUGCCAUGGAGAAAAAUCAAAGACAAGGAACAAGUCGGCUCUAUUAAGGAGAGGUACGAUCAUCUACUCAUGUUGAAACAUCUCCCUCCAGAAUUCAGCAUCUUUUUGGAUCAUAUCUCUUCAGUAGAUUAUUUUACAAAGCCCGAUUACCAGCUCCUCACGUCCGUGUUCGACAACAGCAUCAAGACCUUCGGAGUGAUUGAAAGCGAUCCGUUUGACUGGGAGAAGAGCGGCACUGACGGCUCCCUGACGACAACCACCACUUCCACAACUCCUCAGCUACACACCCGCCUAACACCUGCUGCGAUUGGAAUCGCCAAUGCCACUCCUAUCCCAGGAGACCUGCUGAGGGAAAACACAGACGAAGUAUUUCCAGACGAGCAACUUAGCGAUGGGGAAAAUGGGAUCCCCGUUGGAGUGUCACCUGAAAGACCGCCUGGAUCGUCCGUGCCACCUCGCCCCCAGGAAAAAGAUGUGUGGGAGGAGAUGGACGCCAACAGGAACAAGAUAAAGCUAGGAAUCUGCAAGGCCGCAACCGAAGAGGAGAAUAGCCACAGUCCAGCGAACGGAAUCCCGAAUGCACCAAACCUCGGCUCUCCGAUCCAUGUCCGCUCAGAAACGGCACAGCCGGAAAGAGACAUUCCGCUUGUGCGCAAGCUACGUUCAAUCCACAGCUUCGAGCUGGAGAAGCAUCUGACGUUGGAGUCAAAGCCAGACGCUGAUAAAUUUCUGGAGACCUGCUUGGAGAAGAAGCAGAAAGAAUCCAGCCUUCGGAAGGAACCCGUUCCCCCGGCUUCUCUUCUUCAUAAGCCCUUCGCUCCUGCCCUGACCCACACUGACCGCGUCUGGCAUUACGACGACGAGUAUCUCCCAGAAGCCUCGAAGCGGGGUUCGGCCCGGUCCCCCGAGCAGGCGGACGGAGCCAGUAACGGCUUCGUAGCCGUCAACCUGAGCUCCUGCCGGCAGGAGGUGGAUUCCAAGGAUUGGGUGAUGGUUGACAAGGAGCAGGAUCUUCACGACUACAGGACCAGUGAGGUUUUGGGGCACCGAACCACUGCGAGCCCUUCGGACGAGGAGCCGGAAGUGCUGCACGCCCUGGAGGAGUCUCCCCAAGAGGAGCAGCCGAAGCCGGGCCUCGGGGCCCAGGGCGAACCUGCCAAGAGUGAAGGGCCGGGAGUGUUGCUCGCUUCAGAACGGUAUCCGGACAGACCGGCGCUUCCCGUUGGGGCUCCGGAGCCGUUGCCGGCACUCACGCCCACAAGCCCCGUGGAUGCUCAAGCCGAAGGCCCUCUUACCCCGGUUACCGUUCCCAGACCUUCUGUGGCGUCUGCCCAGUCCAUUUCAGGAAGCUUUCAUACAGGCCGGCUGCCAGAAAAGAACCUUCCGCCGGGGGUUCACGCCACGGAGCUCUGCUCUCCCAGAGAGAACCUGUCCUCCUCGGGGACGCCAAAGGGCGAGAUUCGCGGCGGAGGGAGCGGAACGGAUCUGGGACUUCAGUUGGAUCACGUCAACCGGGACGGUCACACUAGGGAAUGGGGCAAAUCCCGAGAUUCGGGUCCAAGGGAACUACCCGGGCAGAACUCGCUACUUGCAAGAGAAUUGGAGAAUCUUCCUGGGGAUCCUGGAGAGAGAAGCGGUCUUGUGGGUGUGGAGAAUGACGAGGAGAAGCUGAAUAAAGGGCAGUGUUCCAUUGAGGUUGCUGCUCGUUCAGAAGACUCUGAAGCUAUAGAGAAGGAACCCUCCGCUACCGGAGAGGCAGAGCCGAGGACUUUCUGGUUGGUGCCAAAUCAAGACACGAAUCACAAGCUGAUGAAACUACUGGCAGCCGGAACUUCAGAACUCUCUCCCUCGAGAGGCGUCGACCAGCGCGCCGAGGGCCUGGUGGAUGAGGGGGCCGCAGAGCAGAGAAACGGACACCGUGAAAAUGAGCGUGUCAGUAAAAGCGAAGUCUUCCCGGCCCAGCCAGGGGACCUCUCUGUCGCCACGGGGCAGGAGGGCAAGCGCGGAGAGAUUGCCCCCCGAAACGGAGAACUCGCUCACUGCAUUUCCGAGAACGAAAGCUCUCCGCCCUCCCGGAAAGACACAGCUAGGGCAUCCUUGGUGACUAGGCACAGCCGGAUUCCCGUUCUAGCACAAGAAAUCGACUCAAACCUCGAGGCCUCCUCUCCCGUCUCAGCAAAAGAAAAACUGCUCCUGAAGAAGGCCUAUCAACCAGACGCAGUAAAGCCGGCGGUAGAGAAGAGACAGUUCCGAUCUUUCCUCGAUGGCCUCUCGAGUGCCUCUGACAGGUUGCUACAGGAGAAGUCGAUCGCCGUUCCGGCUCCGUUUUCCGAGGCUGAAGUCUUCACCCCCUUCUCCAGAUUGACUCUUGACCCUAACUUAGGCAGGUCAGCAGAGGACAGCUCUCUGCUUCCCAUCAGCCCCCAGAUCAGAAAGAGCAAGAUCCCGAGGCCGGUGACCUGGGCUAGCGCAGAUCAGGUCAGCGGCUCAGCCUCGACUCCGUUUUUCCCUCGGCCUCCGCCCGGAAAACCCCCGUCUAGGCCCGGAGUGGAAGCUAGGCUACGCAGGUAUAAAGUCCUAGGGAGUAGCAACUCAGAUUCGGACCUUUUCUCACGUCUGGCUCAGAUUCUUCAGAACGGAUCUCAGAAAUCCCGGAACCCGACCCAGGGCAAGAGUCCGGGAUCCCCCCACAGCCCCAAAACGCCUCCCAAGAGCCCUAGUGCCUCCCCUCGAAGCUCUUCCUUGCCCCGUACUUCCAGCUCCUCGCCAUCCAGGGCGGGAAGGCCCCACCACGACCAGAGGAACGCGUCCCCACACCUGGGGAGAAGUAAAUCGCCUCCCAGCCAUUCGGUUUCCUCGUCGUCCCGGAGAUCCUGCCAGCAGGAGCACAGCUGUAGCAAGCCCAGCAAGAAUAGCUUGAAAGGAUCCGGCAGCCCCUACCAUCACUCCGUCGGCACAAAAACUCCCACAGGGAAAUGCAAAUCAGUCAGUAAACUCAGCAGAUAGGAACCGCGUCCGUCUCAAAGACUGGCGCGGAAUCCACCCCCUCUUCCGGCUCUCUCUCCUCCUCCUCCACCCGAUGCAUGUUGUGUCUGUAUGCUCUGUGUUGAAAAAAAAAAUCGGUAUUGCUUCUGGUCAGUGUGUGGCAAAGAAUCGCCGAAAGUCAGGCCGCGCAGAAAGCAGAGAAGAGAUAUAUGUGCGGGGGGCCCGGGUGUCGGGACACUAAAUCCGCCGGAUGAAACACCCAAAGGCUCACGAUCUCUGAAGAAGCAUCAUCUUCAGCUGCCUAAAACUAAUGUCUGAGUACAGUUUGGAGGAUUCGGCUUAAUUAUUCACAACCUGUCUCAAAGUUCUGUAACAGAUUGGGAAAACUCAGCAUUUAAAUUCCCUUUUAAUGUGUAUUGGUCUGACAGUUUACCCCAUUUAAGGAGAGCGUUUUCUGGAGGUCAGCGAAGAUGUAUUUUUUGCUUACAUGCCCAGAUACUCCACUCCUCCUCCUCUCUCAUGGCCGAUUAUCUUAUUCACAAAUUAUACCUUCGGUCACAUUAGCGACUUUACGAGUCUGGCUACUCAGAACCCAGAAACUCUGUUUGCCUCUGAGUCGACGUCUUGAGGUCGGUCCGUCUUUUUGAGAGCCAAAAAAUUGAAGCGAGAGGUUAAAAAAUUGAACUGGGGUGAUGAUGGGAUCCCACAGUGCGGCUUGCAGGCCAUUUCCUAGGCACGAUCCUUUUGGCCAGCAGGAUAGCCGAUGGCACUUGAUUGCCCUGCCUGCUGAACGGGAAGAUUUGCGUUAAUUCAGAGAACGGGAAUACCUGCUGUAAGCUGACCUUACCUCAGGGCACUGACUCUAAGAGUGGGUAGAAUUGAGUGACAGAAGUUUUAUGGGGUGAAAUCUAAAUGCCCGUCCACUUCUGCUCUAAGAACUUAAAUGAAAUUGGGAAGCAUUUAUCUUAGCUGCCUCAGCAGAAGGCUAAAUGGAGGUUAGGGGAUUCUGAGUCAUUGUUCAAGGCUGAAAUUAUAGCACUGAAGCGCUGACGUUCGGAAGCAUUGACGCGGCAUUAAAGUUUCGAGAUUCCUGUGGGUAAGAAUUGGAUAUCUGAGGAUCGAAAGCAGGAAAUUUUGAUGGAAAACUGGUUUACCGACCUCCUUUGGCCUCCUGUGAGGUCCCGUUUCCUUAGCCGAGGAUAAUAACGUUGACCUCCCCAAGUAGGCUUCUGUGCUAUUCCAGAUACGGUGAUGCGGCGAAAGAUUUCUGUGGGCUCUGUGGGAUGCUUCCCCACCCUCCCAUCACCUUCUAAAAGGGUUUACCAAAAAUAAGCCACUCACGUACUUCCAAACCUAGCCCCCUCCCUUACGUUCCAGGCCCUACGGUGUUGGGAACCUUAUAAACGGAUCUGUUUGCGCUCUUGGCAUUUGCCUUCCAGAAAACACCUGUGCUUUUUCUUUAAUCGUCCAUUUCCGGCCCAAUUUAGCACCCUUGAGUCGGAAAGGGAAAACAGCCCCAAGUGACCUGCUCCUAAGACUGUAUCAGAGGUCCCUGGGAUCAGAAGUGUCUUGAACGUCUCUUGUCCUGUUAGUCUCUGGUGGACUUUUUCUACUCUCAGUGUGUCUACUGUCCGUCAAAAGAAAUGUAGCAGAAUGUGAAAUCUGAAUUUCCGUUGGGGUCCAGGCACUACGAAAGAAUACAGCAGGUCGAAGAGGUAUCUGCGGUUCCUAAAGCAACUAUAACAUUAGCAAUGUCUAGACCUUUGUAUUAUAUUGUAUAAUAGCUGUUAAACAGUAUUCGCAUGUCU